AUGCCGACCGAGGCAGAAAACAUCCUCUCGCGAUCGUGGAGUUCGCAGUGGCUUGAGCCAAGUGCGAGUGAGGAGCUGGUGAUUAGACAGGAGCCUGUCACCCGGACGCCUGCGGACAACGGCGGCUUCAACACGAAGCGGUUCAGCGGCGACGGGAACGACGGCGCGGCGGCCUACAAAGUAUGGAAGAGGUGGGCCAAGGCGGCGGUAGUGGUGCAGAAGGCGAGGAACACGCCGGCCGAGGCGCUGGGCCCGUGGUUGUACACGUUGCUCGACGGCCAGGCGGCGCUGGCGGUGGAGAACGUGGACCUGUCGGAGAUCAACGUCGAGUCGGGCAAGGAGGUGGUGUUCGCUCGCCUCGACGAGCGGUUCCCCGACAAGGUCGCGGCGGAUCGCUUGGGUGAGACCAUGGAGGACGGCUUCAGCUUGCGGAUCCAGAAGCAGGAGACCACGGAGGCCUACACCGGGCGUGCGCAGCUGGUGUUCGCGCGGUUGGCCAAGGAGGGCGUGGACCUCCCGUCGGUCGCGAGGGGCUACCUGAUCCUGCGCGGCGCGAGGUUGGGCAACUUCGGCCGGGCGACGGUGAUGUCGGCGACCCACCGGAGCUGGAACGUGGACGAGGUGUGCACGGCGAUCAGGACGGCCUUCCCGGGGAUCCCCCCGGAGAGGCUCACGCAGGCGGCGCGCGCGGUGGAGGAGGAGUUCGUGGACAGCGAGGCUCCCCCGCCGCCCGAGCCCUACCAGGAGGAGGGCGCCGAGAACGAUGCCACUCAGGAGAUUGACGCGAUCGUCCAGGAUGCGGAGCCCACCGAGGAGUCAGAUGAGGUGGAGAUCCUGGCGACUUGGAAGCAGACACGAGUGGCCAUGAACAAGGAAAGGUUGGAUCGCGGGCUGAGGCCCGGGCGGGCGGCACGGCCCCCAGGCCCCAGCGGGCUUACGCGGCAGGACCUCGACAAGCUCGGCCGGCGGGUGAAAUGCUUUCGGCGCAAGAAGAUCGGUCACUUCAGCCGGGACUGCAAGGGGGCUCUUCCUGCUCACGGCACCGGCAUGGUGAUCGCAGAGCCGAUGGAGCCAGAAGCUGCCGGCGAAGUGCGAGUGGAAAUGGUGCAGUCUUGCCUCGAGGACAACCUGGACGACGAGAUCAACAGCAUCCUGAAGGUCCACGAGGACAACGUGCUGGCGAAGCUCAUCCAGGAGGAGCGGCGGAAGAGGCUGGAGCAUGAGAUGAAGGAGAAGCAGGAGGACGACGACGCGACGCCCGAGUUAAAGGCCACCGAGGAGGGCACGGUCCUGGGGGUGACGCAUUCUGACGGGUGCUCGGUCCCAGACACGGGGCGUUGCAAGACCCUGAUCGGUGAGGAGACGCUGAUGAAGCACGAGGCGGCAACCGGCAAGAAGGCCAAGUGGCUCAAGGACGUCAGGCCGAUGCGGUUCCGAGGGUUCGACAACAGCGCGCAGGAGUCCAUAGGUGCGGUGGAGCUGGACUGGGCGAUCAAGGACUACAUCGUGACGUUCGUGGUGUACGUGGUGCCCGGUUCCGCGGGCUUCCUGAUGAGCAAGCCAGACCUGAAAGCCCUGGAAGCGGCCAUCGACCUCGAGACGGAUUCGAUGCACCUGAAGCGGCUUGACAUCGCGAUCCCUUUGAACGAGACGGUGGCAGGUCACUACGAGAUCGACUUCCUGAAUCGGGAGAAGAGGACCCGGAGGCAGAUGCAUGAGUCGGCGGUGCGCGUGCAGAACGUGGCCGAGAGCGAGGGCGCUCCGUCGGGGUUCCUGGAGGGUCAGAGCCUCGACAUGGCGCACGGCUGGGACGUGGACAAGGACAGCGACUACGAGGCCAUGUGGCGGCGCAUCAUCGAGGGCGAGCCGUACUUCGUGCACGUGUGCCCUCCGUGCCAGAAACUGACGAUCACGCAGCAGUGUGCGCCUUUGGGGCGCCGGAGAAACCUGGCACAACACAUCGUGGAAGUGAGACGGUCGGUGAGCUUGGUGCACGUGGUCGUGGAGGUGGCGAUCUACCAGAUGGAGCGGGGCAGGCAUUUUGUUUAUGAGACCCCCCCGAGGUGUGCUAGCCUCCAGGUGCCCGCGAUGAGGCAGCUGCUGCAGACGAAGGGCGUGUGCGUGGGCAUUGCGAGCGGCUGCGAGUUCGGUCUGAGAUGCCCAGACACCCUCAAGCUGAUGCCCAAGAGCUGGGAGUUUGUGACGUCGGCACUGGAGGUGGCGAGGGCAGUCCACCGGAGGUGCGGAGUGGGACGCGAGCAUCAGCACAUUGAGGGCAUGCUGAAGUGCGUCAAGCGCACGGUGUUCAGCCAGAGGUAUCCCCGGAGGCUGGUGGAGGCCAUCGUGCGAGGCAUGCUGCGGCAGUGCCAGGUGGAGGCGUCCGACCCAGAGGCCGGGUGCGCAGCAGUGCAGGAGGAAGGAGAGCAUGAGGUGAUUGAGGAGGACGCGGACGAGACGCGGGAUGUCUUACGUUGGCCUGACAGUUCAAUCGAGAACAGCCUCCGGAGGCUGCACGUCCAACUGGGACACUGCAAAAACAACGUGCUGGUGCGACACCUUCGACACGCGCAUGCCGCGGAGCAGGCGAUCCAGGCGGUCCAGGAGUUUUACCGCCCGGAGUGCGAGGGCAUGAAGUGCCCGAAGGUCGCUCGACACAGUGCGCCGGCAGAGGCCCAUCUGCCCCUGAAGUACGUGAGUAUGGAUUGCAAGGACCUGCCGAGCUGGAUCCCGGGCGAGCGGAUCACGCGCCUGGGCAUCAUAGGUGAGAUAAGCUCGCUGCACCAGGUGGAGCCGAUGAUUGGCCAAUCGGAGACGUCGAAGAACCUCGUGGUCGCGUUCGAGCGAGCGUGGGCCCGUCCAUGCAUCCGCCCGAAGUGGUUGAAGGUGGACCCCCACAGGGCCCAGAUCAGCGACGAGUUCACCAACUGGUGCGAGCGUCAGGAGAUCGAGGUGGUCGACACGGCGGGAGAUGCGAAGGAGCAGAACGGCAAGAUCGACCAUCACAACCAGUUGUUCGAGAUCAUGCUCGAGGGCGUCAUCAGGGAGGCGCAGCCGCAGACGGAGACGGAGUGGACCAAGAUGGUAGACCUGGAGCAUUACAGCGGCCAGAGGUUCGAGGACAUCACCGGUGGCGAGCGGCCCCCGGAGGAGGUUGGUGAAGAGGCACCUCCGCGUCCAGAAGAUCAGGCACCACCAGCGGAGGCGCCGGACGUGGGAGACCAGGCAGCUGAUGAUCAAGCUGCUGACGCUGAAGAUGAUCAGGCGGAGCAUCCCGCUGGGCGGAGGCGCAUGCGCGGCAAGCAGACGGUGGACAAGCGGACCCUGGGCGAGGCGCACCAGCCAGCUGAGGGCCAGAUGGAGGAGGGUCUCGAGGAGCCAGACGAGGCCAAGCGCCCGAGGUUGGAGGAGCAGGCGACUGCCCGGGCGUCAGCCGGCGGCUCGAGCUCGGCCAGCGGUCAGCAGCAGUUCGGAGGAGUAGUGUAUCCGCCGAGCCUGCCGAGUCCACCGCUCCUGGACUCCGCGGACGCCCACCUGGCGGAAGACGUGGACGAGGACAUCGUCGUGGGCGUGGUGGACGUCCUACUCACGCAGGGCAGCAAGGAGAUCAACGUCAAGGAGGAAAAGUGGAAGUCGCCCCAGGGUCGCGCGAUGAUCGAGAGGGCGUACGAGAAGGAGAUGACGAGCCUGGUGCAUGAGACCAAGGCGUGGAAGCCGGUGGACCUGGAGACGUCGCGGCUGCUGAAGACGCAGGUGCCGGAGCGGAUCUUGCGCCCGAGGCCGGUGCUGACGUUGCGAUCCGGCGACGACGGCAAGGGCGAGGUCAAGUGCCGGUGCACGCUGCAGGGCUUCAAGGACCCCGACAUCCUGGACCUGGUGCCAAACGGCCCGAUCUAUGUGACGAUGCCGAAGGACUACACGCUGAAGGGUCACCACCCAGAGCAGCUCUUCGAGGUGAUCAACGGGUGCGGGCUUGGAGAUCAACCUCAGCAGUGGUGGCGCACGUUCGAGCGGUUCAUGGUGGAGGAGCUGAAGUUUGACCAGCACCCGAUGGACCCGUGCGCGUUUUUGCUGAGGGAGCCGGUGACGCAGGAGAGCGCCCUUCUCGUGGCCAGGGACCGGGUGUCCGUGAUCCCGUAUGCCACGGGCCCUGAGCGUGCACAGCUUCGCGGCGAGCCGGGCGCGCUGCGCGGCAUCCUCGGAGUGCACGUUGACGAUCAGGUCAACGGUGGCCGUGGGCAGUUGUGGGAUAGUGCGAUGAAAAAGCUGAGAGCGAGAUUCCCCUUCCGGAAGUGGGUGACGGGCAGCGGUGAGUUCACGGGAUCGGUCCUCACCCAGCGGGCCGACUACUCGAUCGUCCAAUCGCAGUCGGAGUACACGAAAGGGAUCAGUCCACGGUUGCGUUUCGUGUGCCACUCGGACUACUCGUCGAAGGACCUGGAUAGGACUGGUAGGACGCAGGGCGGGUACAUCAUAGGUGCAACGGAUCCCUCCAUGGCUAAGGGUCUCUUGGCUCCCUGGCGCCCUCUGGUCUGGAAGUCUCAGAAGAUCAAGCAGGGGUGUACGUCGACGUUGGCGGGGGAAAACAAGCUUCUCAAGGCUUCCCUGGGUCACGAGUGGAUUAUGUGCGCUUUCGCGGCCACCCUGUGCCCCAUGUUCUGUCUGGAGAACCGGGACAAAUACUCCAGGAAGUUCUCGGCCAUCAGCGCUAUCGAUUGUAAGUCGGUGUUCGACCAUGUGACCAGGCCAGGGGCCCCCACAGGACUCGACGACAAGAGGGCCUCCAUAGACAUCGCCAUAACCAAAGGGAGCCUCCGGAGGCUCAUGCUGAGAAAUCUGCUCGCGCUAGCCGUGCCGGUGCCCCUGGCCCGCCUCCGGGCCUGCAGACUGGUGCUGUUCGAGGUGACGGGCAGCGACGAGCAGGCCAGGGCGUUCCUGCUCGGCCUGAUGGACGUCGACCCGGACCUCUCGUCAUCCGUGGUGGCGGAUGCCAAGGUCAGGGUGAAGGUGCCGGUCAAGUCUCUCUUGGGGAGCGCGCCGGCCAAGACGGGCAACGCCAUGGUGACACUGCAGUGCGUCGUCAGUGCCAGCAAUGUGCAGGUGUGGACGGCCGCCGCGGUGGAGGACGAGAUUCGCGAGAAGCUCGUGGGGCUCGAGAAGGCGCACGUGGCGUGGCAGAGCGCGCCGCCCGACGGCAAGCCGAAGAUGGAGAUCGAGUCGCCAGCAACGGAAUUCUUCCGGAGCAAGACGGAGAAGCCUUACAAGCAGGAGCCCGAGGACGUCAUGACGAAGAUGAACCUGCCGACCGACGAGGGCUACGCCGAAGGAGUGGACGCAAUCAUGGAGAGUGUGACGUGGUCCUUGGAGAACUACCCGGUCAUGCGCGACAGGAUCUUGGAGGUGCUGCAGCAGUUCGUGCCGGACCCCGAGGACGGUCCGAGCCUGUCCGGCAUCGUGCUGUCCCUGCUGCCGGCGUCGGUCACGGGCCUGCUCUCUCCCCUGGGCCAGGAUUGGAAGAAGCCCGACAAGCCUGGCUCCCAGAUGGCACGCUCUGAGGCCACCUGGAAGCUGUCGGACCUUGAGCUCGGUGCCACGGUCGGCGUCGGAAGCUUCGGCCGCGUUCGCGUGGCGACGGUGAAGGACAGUCCCGAGACCACACCCAUGGCCCUGAAGAUCACCCAUAAGGCAACGCUGAUCAAGACGAACAUGGUGAAUCAGAUCAAGGACGAGGUCAAGGUGCUCCGCAUGAUAAACCAUACACAUCUAGUGAAUCACAGGGCGUGCUGGCAGGAUGAGAGGUCGAUGUACAUGCUGAUGGACUUCGUCAACGGUGGGGAGCUGUUCACCGUGAUCAAAAAUUGGAACAUAGCAGAGAUGCAGGGGCAGCUGUGGGUCGCAGAGCUGAUCCUGGCAAUCGAGCACCUGCACUCGAAAAAGGUCAAUGCCGAGACGGGGCACGGCUAUGAGCCGUACUACCUCGACCACAACACCUACCUCUCUCUGCCUCAGGAUCCAGAUCACUUCCCCCCCUUCAAGCCUGAGAACGUGCUGCUGGAUAGACUGGGCCACUUGGUGCUCACGGACUUCGGAUUCGCCGAGGUGGCCGACCCGCUUCUGUGGACGAAGUGCGGCACCUACGAGUAUAUGGCAUCAGAUUUGGUCCAGAGAACGGGGCGUGGGUGCGCUGUGGACUGGUUGGCAUUGGGCGUCCUAACAUAUGUGUUGUUCGCGCGCGACGUGCCCUUCCACGCUGACACGAAAGAGGGCAUUUACAAGAAGAUUGUGAAGGGCGAGCGCAGUAUUCCGAGUUACUCUCCAGGUGGUGGUCGCAAGCAGGACCUGGUGGAGUUCGCCGAGGUCAACCACAAUUGCUCAU